AUGGCCUUACAUAGAAGGGUUUGGCUCCUGUGUUUAGUCGAGCUGUCUCUUCUAGUCGGCAGUAGCCUGGGAGGGUGUCAUGACUUUGGGUUGUGUUGUAGCGGCCGGGACCCCACUUGCGUGAGUAAGGGAUGGAGAGCCGACCGCUCGUACGGGACCUGCUAUUGCGACCAAGCCUGCUCAUCUACGCUUGACUGCUGUCACGACUACCAGCAAGCGUGCCCAGGUAUAGCCUGCGAGGUGAGCGAGUGGAGCCCGUGGUCAGGCUGCGCGGAGCCGUGCCGGGCAGCCGUGCGCAUGCGGAGGCGGGAGGUGCUGCGGGAGCCGCGGAAUGGCGGGGAGCCGUGUCCACGGACUGAGGAGUUCGCUGGCUGCGCUGAGUACUGGGGCCAAGACAAACAGUGCAGCAAAUCGCUGGUCCCAGCCUUGAUCACCACAGGCGGCUACGGCAAUGCCAGGAAGAAGAGGGACGUCUCCAGCAGCUCUGACGUCACAGGGUACUGUGUGGAGUUCCAGCUGACCUCUCUGACCGCAGGGUGUCAGCACAGCUCAGAGCCACACACGCGGUGGAUGCAGUACCUGCGCGAGGGUCACCGGGUGUGCGUGGAGUGCCAGCCCCCCGCCCUCGCUGCCGGACAUCAGCACUGCUCCGGGGACGGAGGGGACGACGGGGAGGACAGAAAGCACUCGCUGCUGUGGCAGGCUGUGGGGAACUCCAGGUGCAGGGGGGCCUGGAAGCGCGUCAGGAGACUGGAAUCCUGCUCCUGCCCCACCAUUCACAGCUUCCUCUUCAUUUAAACACGUAUCUGUUG